UUUGAUAUUUGAUGAGAAUGGAAUAAAAUAGAAGGGAGGUGAGAGAAGAUUGAGGAGGCGGAGGAUGGGUAUCCGAUCGGUGUUUGACGGCGGCGAGCUGAGAAGAGAAUUUGAGAAAAACGGAAUUGACGGAAAAUUCGUUGGGAUAAUAUGGAAGCAUGUGAUCGGAAAUAAUGCGAAGCGAGAAAGUGGAGAAUGGGAUUGGGAGAAACAAGUGCCCUCGCUGCCAUCUUCAGCGUACUCUGUCCUUCGUUCCAACUUCGGAGGAACGAAACCUCUCUCUUCUUCUCUUCACUCCGUUUUCCACUCUUCCGACAACCUCACCUCCAAGCUCCUCAUCAAGCUCCACAACGGAGAAUUCGUGGAGGCUGUGAUAAUGAGAUACGAUACUCGUUUGGGCAAAUACGCUGGCAAACCGCGUCCCGGUGGGCUACGAGCAACUUUGUGUAUUUCAUCUCAGGUUGGAUGCAAAAUGGGUUGCAAAUUCUGUGCCACUGGAUCCAUGGGAUUCAAAAAUAACCUAUCUUCCGGGGAAAUUGUGGAACAGCUCGUCCAUGCUUCUGCUUUCUCACAAAUCCGUAAUGUUGUCUUCAUGGGAAUGGGAGAGCCUCUCAACAACUAUUCUGCUGUGGUAGAAGCGGUUCGCAUCAUGACUGGAUUGCCAUUUCAGUUGUCCUUGAAAAGGAUUACCGUGUCAACGGUUGGUAUCAUCCAUGCUAUCAACAAGCUUCACAAUGACCUGCCUGGUUUGAACUUGGCAGUCUCUCUGCAUGCACCGGCCCAAGACAUUCGUUGUCAGAUAAUGCCUGCUGCUCGUGCUUUUCCUUUGGAAAAACUUAUGAAUUCACUGCAAGAAUAUCAAAGAAAAAGUCUGCAGAAAAUACUGAUUGAAUACAUAAUGCUUGACGGGGUGAAUGAUGGAGAGCAGCAUGCCCACCAAUUGGGAAAACUAUUAGAGACAUUUCAAGUGGUAGUGAACUUAAUACCUUUCAACCCUAUCGGUACCUUGAGUCAAUUCAAACCUACCAGUGAGCAGAAAGUCUCAAAUUUUCAGAAAAUUCUCAGAGGUACAUAUAAUAUUCGAACAACAGUUAGGAAGCAGAUGGGUCAAGACAUAAGUGGUGCUUGUGGACAAUUGGUGGUUAACAUACCAGACAAGUCUCUUGCCCGUGCAGAACCCCUCACAGACAUAGAAGAUCUUGUUAUUUGAUAUCAUAUAACCUCAAUUUAAUUCCUGCCCUCAAUUUUAAAUGUCUCCUAGUUCAUGUAUUUUUUUUAGUUUAAUCUUACAGAAACUAGAAUUAGAAGUGUAGAACUAUAGAGGUCAAGGUGCACUGGCUGAAGUGCGACCAAGAUGAUAUGAGUGUGUAAGAAUCUUUUAGUUUGACAAAAUUGGAGAAGGAAAAUUGUUUGAGAAUAAUUACUAAUAUCGAUUUGGUUUAAUUUCUAGUGCUUAAAAAUUUGUAAAAUUACAAUACUUAUUUCUUUCUU